CUGCGCUACAGGAAACUCAGUCGAAGGCGUUUGAAGUUUUCUGUCUAACACAUGAUGAAACAACAUGCUGCUCCGUGUUGUGUGAUACUUAUGUUAUUUUAAUAAGAAUAGCCCUGUUUGUUUUUUAUCCGGACAUCUUCAAUUAAAGCCUCGGUUCGUCGGAAACAUUGUCAAGAUGCCAGCUCAGUGCAGCAGCUGCACUGACAAACGUGCUGUGCUGAAGCGUCCAAAGACUGGCCACUCGCUGUGCAAAGAGUGCUUUUUCUGGGCCUUUGAGGAGGAGGUACAUCAGACCAUCGUGGCAGCAGAGCUCUUCAAAUCUGGGGAGUCCGUAGGAAUUGCUGCCUCGGGAGGAAAGGACUCCACUGUGCUCGCACAUGUAAUGAAGCUCCUAAAUGAGCGAUACAACUAUGGCCUGGAGCUUAUGCUCAUCUCAGUAGAUGAAGGAAUCACUGGUUACCGAGAUGACUCCUUGGAGACGGUGAAGAGGAAUCAGCAACAGUACGAACUGCCACUGAAGAUUGUGUCGUAUGAGGAGCUGUAUGGCUGGACUAUGGAUGCUAUAGUGAAACAAGUGGGACUGAAAAACAACUGCACCUUCUGUGGAGUGUUCAGAAGACAGGCGUUAGACAGAGGGGCUGUCAUGCUGAAAGUGGACAAGAUAUGCACAGGUCACAAUGCUGACGAUGUAGCAGAAACUGUUCUGAUGAACGUCUUGAGAGGGGACAUAGCUCGACUGCGCCGCUGCACUGCCAUUUCCACCUCCAGCGAAGGUGAAGGGGUCGUGCCACGCUGCAAGCCCCUCAAAUACGCUUAUGAGAAGGAGAUUGUUCUGUAUGCUUACUUUAAGAAGUUAGACUACUUCUCUACCGAAUGUAUCUAUUCUCCCAAUGCUUAUCGUGGUUAUGCAAGAACCUUCCUGAAGGACCUGGAGAGUAUAAGGCCAAGCACCAUAAUAGAUAUUAUCCACUCUGGGGAGAACCUGUCUGUGCGAGAGGGUGUGAAGAUGCCCGUCCAGGGAACCUGCAGCCGCUGUGGCUACAUCUCCAGUCAGGCGCUGUGCAAGUCCUGUGUGCUACUGGAGGGGCUGAACCGAGGUCUGCCAAAGCUGGGUAUCGGCAAACACCACCGCCUGCAUGAUAAAAUCCUCUCCCAGCAGCCUCUAACAGAGAAGGAGGAGAGGAAGCUGAAAUCAGUGGACUUUUGACCAUUAGCAUGACCUGUUUUAUUUACCAGAAGAUACACCACCAUUCAGAAAAUUGGGGUCACUUAGAAAUGUCCUUAUUUUUGAAAGAAAAUCAUUUUUUUCAGUGAAGAUAACAUUAAAUUAAUCAGAAAUCCAGUCUAGACAUUGUCAGUGUGGUAAAUGACUAUUCUAGCUGGAAACAUCGGAUUUUUAAUGGAAUAUCUACAUAGAGGUACAGAGGCCCAUUUCCAGCAACCAUGACUCCUGUGUUCUUAUGCUACAUUGUGUUAGCUAAUGUACCAUUAGAAAGGCUAAUUGAUGAUUAGAAAACCCUUGUACAGUUAUGUUAGCACGUGAAUGAAAGUGUGAGUUUUCAUGGAAAACAUGACAUUGCCUGGGUGACCCCAAACUAUUGAACGGUAGUGUAUCUAUGAAUUUUUAGAAUAAUUUACAUUUGAUAUGGGAAAAUACCAUGCUAAGAAAUCAGAUCUCUUGUUUUCAUUUAUUAGUUGCUGAGUAUUUACUGAACAUUUAUAUGAAUUCUUAAUUUUGGAAAACCAAAGAAAACUUGUAGAGCAUCUUCACAGCAUAGAAAGUUCAGUCACUGGUGUUUUACAGCCACUGCACUGGAUGAUGGACAGGCGAUAUAAACGUUGUUUCCAAUGGUAGUAAAAAUGUGCCUUUUAUUGUCUGGUACUCUUAAAUAAUUGCUUAAUGGAAGACGUAUCCAGCGGUUUUUGCUGUAAUUGGCCUUUGAUAAGGAAGUGUGUGAGUUGGAUCCUUAUUUUCAAUCUCACAUGAAAAUAAUGUUUUCUUUCUUGAUGUGUGUAUUUGUCAGUAAACCAAUCUUUGGGGAGAAUAUGAUGACAGUUCUAGUCACAUUCCAAGGUGUUUUAUGAACUAUAAUUUAAUAAACACAUCGAUAUCUUUA